CAGCAAUCCCCUCAAAGACACACCAUAUCAGACUUGAGAUACCUACGUCUUUCACAAUGAAACGCAAGCUGGAUGCGAACGAUGUGCCCUCAGUGGAGGGCGUCGAGACCACUGAGACCCCCACCCCCGAGGUCGACUUCGAAAGCCUCAAUCUGGAUCCGCGAUUGCGCCAAGCAUUGAUCAGAGAGAAGUUCACGAAGCCUACGCUGGUUCAGGCCAAGGCCAUUCCUCUUGCUCUCGCUGGGAAGGAUAUUCUCGCUCGUGCAAAAACCGGCUCCGGAAAGACUGCCGCCUACGUCCUCCCUAUUCUCCAGACUAUCCUUCAGAAGAAAUCCGCCGACCCCACUCUGAAAGCCACCACUGGCCUCAUCCUCGUCCCCACCCGAGAGCUUGCGGAGCAAGUGCAAAAUGUGGUCACAAGAUUCGCUGCCUUCUGCGGCAAGGACAUCCGCUCCGUGAACCUGACGCAGAAGGUCUCCGAUGCCGUGCAACGCACUCUCCUCGCCGACUACCCCGAUCUUGUCGUUUCGACCCCCGCGCGUGUCAUCGCCAAUCUCGGAAACUCGGCUCUGUCGCUGGAGAACCUCGCACACCUGGUGAUCGACGAGGCGGACUUGGUGCUUUCGUAUGGAUACGAUGAGGAUAUCAAUGCGCUUGCAAAGGCGAUUCCCCGUGGUGUGCAGACGUUUCUCAUGAGUGCCACGCUCACCUCGGAGGUGGACACCCUCAAGGGUCUGUUCUGUCGGAAUCCCGUGGUAUUGAAGCUGGAGGACAAGGAAGAGCAGGGUGCUGGUGUCAGCCAAUUUAUUGUCAGAUGCGCGGAAGACGAGAAGUUCCUCCUCACAUACGUCAUCUUCAAGCUGCAGCUCAUCAAGGGCAAAGUGAUCAUCUUUGUGGGCGACGUCGAUCGCUGCUACCGUGUUAAGCUCUUCCUCGAACAGUUCGGAAUCAAGAGCUGCGUUCUCAACUCCGAACUCCCUGUCAACUCGCGUAUCCACGUCGUCCAGGAAUUCAACAAGGGCGUCUACGACAUCAUCAUUGCGGCCGACGACCAAGAAGUUCUCGGUGCUAAGAAAUCUUCGAAGAAGUCGAAAGACCCGACCUCGACUGACAACGCCGAAGAAGUAGAACAAGAAGAAGACGGCCUCGUUGGCUCUAGCGAAGACGAAGAGGACGUCGAAGAUAGCAACGACAAAAAGAAGAAGAAACAGGAUAAAGCGGCGGAGAGUAGUAGCAAAAGACGCAAGACGUCCACCAAGGACAAAGACUACGGUAUCUCGCGUGGUAUCGAUUUCCAGAACGUGGCCUGCGUGCUCAACUUCGACCUGCCGACGACGGCCAAGUCGUACACGCACCGCAUCGGCCGCACAGGUCGCGCGGGCAAAACGGGGAUGGCGCUCUCGUUCGUGGUGCCGGCGGACCAGUACGGGCGGCACAAGCCCACCAGCUUCCCGACGGCCAAGCACGACGAGACCGUGGUGGCGCGCAUCGUGAAGCGCCAGGCUAAGCUGGGCCACGAGGUCAAGCCCUACCACUUCGAGAUGAGCCAGGUCGACGCCUUCCGGUACCGUAUGACUGACGCCCUGCGCGCCAUCACCCGCCUCGCUGUCCAGGAGGCCCGGGCCCGCGAGAUCCGCCAGGAGCUCAUCAAGUCCGACAAGCUCAAGCGUCACUUCGAAGAGAACCCGGACGAGCUGCGCCAGCUGCGUCACGACGGCGAGUUACGGUCUGCCCGCAUCCAGCCCCACCUCAAGCACAUCCCCGAGUAUCUCAUGCCCGCCAAGGGUCGCAAGGGGAUCUCCACCGAGACCGUCGGCUAUGUCGGGUUCCGGAAGGUCGGCGGCGAGAACCGUAUCCGCAAGGCUCGCGAGAAGAAUCGUGGCAAGGGCAAGGGCGGCCGCAAGCCCGGUGGGGCCCGCAAGGUCGAUCCUUUGAAAACAUUCAACCGGGGGAGGAAGUGAUUCUGUAUCAUCGGAGUAUUCAUGCAUCUGUACAUAGCCUAGGAUUCAUAUG